UUUAAGGCGCAUAAACAGCGCCACAAUUGUACAAAACUGCGAAUUUUCAGCAAAUAUUUGCAGUCGGGUACCAGCGUCGUAAAAUUUUGCAAAGCUAGUCUUAUGACGAUAAUUUCACUCGUAACCUAUCAAAUAUUUCAUAAUAUGUGCAUUCCAUGCAUUUUUAACGCUUCUAGCGAUAACUUUAAAGCUAUUUAUGAGCCCUGGGACAUAAAACAGCUUGUCUAGCAGGAAGAGAAGUAAGCGGCAUUCAUCCCAGUUAUGAAGAAGCGUUCAAACGUUCUGUCAACUCAUGGGCGCAGCAUUGGCGUGCUAAGAAUUGUGACCAUAAUACAAACCAUGGGGGUACAGAGUACGAAUAUAGUAUGCCGGUCGGACCGGCCUGGAGAGACUGCCUUUCGGUGUGGUGAGACAGUCAACGGCUCUGUCGUUGUCACCAUCGAUGGCCACAAAAGUCACAAGUUCAGCUCGAUGCUUCUCAAGGUUCGAGUCCAGGCUAAGACAGAAUGGGAAGAAAAUGAUACCAACUACUCGGAAACUCAGGAUCUGUUUCGACUGGACCUUCCGCUUCGUUCAGCCACUACCGGAGAAACAUCCCUGCCCCCCGGCCAGCACCAGCUUCCCUUCAGCUUCCCGCUGCCGGAGCGGCUGCCGCACACGAUGAAGUACCAUGAAGCCAAGGUGGUGUUCUUGCUGAAGGCCCGACUGAAGAGCAGUAGCAUGUGGUCCUGGGAUGGCGCCCAGGAGGUCAAGCUGAGGAUUCUGCCGCAGCGGGACCUCAGUCAGUGCUUUGAUCUCGCUGCUCCGCUGAAGAUGCUACGUGAAGACAAGUGGACUAUGUGGAACGGUAACCCGGGGGAGUUUAGUGUCACCGUCGCCAAGCAGGGCUACGUGGCCGGAGAGACCAUUGACCUGUGGAUCGACGCGAGUGACGGCGUCUACACAGAGUUGGCUCAGCUGGAUGGACACGUCAAACUGAAACGGCUAGUGGUGGCCCGUGAAGGAAAGAAAAACUACAACGAGGAACGCACGUCCAUAGCCACAGUGAAGCCGGGGAAAGCGGCCAGCGCGUGGCACCGGAUUCAACUCACCGUACCGGAGGAUGAGAUCACCAUGGACGACCUGGCACUCUGUCGCAUCAUCAGUGUCACCUACUACGUCAAGGUAUGCGACGUUCACAUUCCGGUGACUCUGGGCACCAUCCCCACGCCGAAACGAUAAUCGCCUCGUGGGCUCCACUAUACAGAUGCGUCCCGCCUUCGAUCAAAGCAGCACUGAUGCUUUGUCUGCUUGGGCCUUCUCGCUGGUGCAUAGCUUACAGUAUGCCAGCGAGAGAGCUUGGCGACCGUUCGUGCCAUUAGGAAUAACAAGAUAAGUUUAUUUUUGCUUGGGUGGUCAUUGCAAGUGUAGUUUAUUUACAUUUGUGAUGGGUCGUGGAAUACGUUUGCAGUUUCUAGCUAUGGUGAAGGUUAGAAAUGUUUAUAGCUUUAGUGCUACUGCUCUCUGGUUUAUAGAUAGUAUAACGCAUGCAUAUAUAUUAUGUAAUAUGCACUAGCCAGCAAUCCACUUGUGUGGGUGAAUUUUACGCCCCAUUUGUAAAAGAUAUUUUCCUUUGAGCGUCACUUCUAACCAGUUUCUGUGCAGGUAUUUGAUAACUAUUUGUCUAGUCAUUAAAAGUGUUUUUGCUUCCUAAGAUACUUUACUGCCUACCAUAUUGUACUUUCACCUCUAACUUAGCUACUUUUACAUUUUAUUUUACGUGCUUAUAUAAAAUGUCGAUACCUUUUCUGGCAGUAUUUUUAGGACGAUUAGUUAGUUGCGAUCUGGGUAGACGUGAAACGUAUAUAGUGACGUGUGAAGAAAAGAAGACGUGAAGAGCUAUUGAAGAACGUCUGAAUCCUGUGCUGGCGCGGUUUUGAGCCGCCCUGUCUGCCAUUUGUGUGGGAUAGCGACCGACAUAGGAUUGAAUGAUAGAAUCCUGGCGUCAAUAUUGAUAUUGCGUUGCACACUGUCGCAUGAUAUAGUUGAAUGCUCGUCGAUAUUUUGUGCAAAUGCCUUAUGGAUUGGUGAGACGCCUUCCGUGCUGUUUUUGACAAGAUCGUGUAUUUUCUAUUUAUCUUUAUCACUUGAGCAUUGAGCAAUGCAUUCUAUUUUGCAAACGUUUGUACGAAUUUACCUCAAGUCACUUCUUUGUGGCACCAAAAGUAACUUGCUGUGCCUUUUGAUAGAAACUGUCCAAGGUAUAAUCAAGCAAACGUCUUUUAUAGAUCUGAUGUCAUUCUGCGCCAGUCUGUAUAAUAUGACAGACGUCUAGUAUAGAUCUGAUUUAAUUCUAUGUCAAUUCAGUGAAUAUAAAGAUCUGAUGCCCGAUACAUCUACGCUUAUGUGAUGAGUGCAAAGAUAUGUUCGUGUGUUCUACACCAAUUGUACGUCCAAUUUGGGCGGCAGUGCGCACAUUUCAGUAACAGUGCAAGCGAUUUCGACAGUACAGCAUAGUCUGUCUAUGGCAAACUGUAGAAAUCGGUUGCACCAUUACUGAAAAGUGUGCACUGUCUAUACUUGGCCUAAAAAGGUGUAUGUCUGGUGGUGUCCUCUCGUGUGUUUUGCUUCCACCUAAGCCUGUGUCUUGUCAUCUGUUGGAAGCGAGACUGUGCUCGCUUUUGGUGGCUUUGCUGGAGUUUUAUAGAUUCUGAUGAAGCUUGUGGCAGCGUUUCGAAACGAAGCUUAGUGCAGUGGUGUUACGAAGUAUACAGCAUAUAAUGAUAUCGCUUGUAAGUCAAUGUGAA